UGAGCAUGUUUCAAACCUCCUGAGUUCAGUCCUGUCGGCUGCCCUUUGUUCUCCAAUGACUGAAUCCUGUGGUACUGUUGCUUUGAAAACACUGUAAAGAGAAAGUGACUUCGUUGGAGUUCUGUCGGGAUUUCCAGACUUCCUCCAUUUGAACCACAUGGUACCUGGCACUUGGGUCAGUCUUGGGGACUUUGGAGGGCUGCUGGAUGAGUAGGCUGUGUUGUUAGGGACUUGGAUAUCUCAGAACCUUGACUUUGGCUCAUCCAACCCAGAACAAGUUACCCUCACGUCAUGGAGGAGACAGCAACAGCUGUGACUCAUCUGCUGCCGAAAUCUGAGAGAUCAAAAUAUCAGUCACUUCUUUCUGUGACCUUUGUUUUCCUGCUUGCCCUCACCCUGGCCUUUUUUGCCUGUGCUUUCCUGGUCCUGGGAAAACAGAAGCCAAAAUACAUUCUAGCCAAGGACAGCAUAACGGUUAGAGAAGUGGACCACCUGAAAAUAGUGAAUGUGUCCAGGAUGUGGUAUUAUCAGUCAAGACUACUAGUGCCCAGUAGUGAAAACACAGUCAUGCAGACUCCUUGGCUGGCUCCCAUUGUGUGGGACGGGACUUUCCAAAUUGAAAUCCUGAACCAGCAAUUCCGGCUCCAGAAUGUCUCCGUUGGGUUGGUUGUGUUUGCCACUGGAGAGCAUGUAGGCUUCCUUAGCAUGUUCCUAGAGACGGCAGAGACAUACUUCAUGCAGGGACACAGGGUGAAGUACUACAUUUUCACUGAUCAGCCAGCUAGUGUGCCAGUCCUGAAGCUCCAUAAGGGAAGGCAGAUGGUAAUUCUGGAAGCCCAGGGCUCUGCCCACCCCCUGAACACAUACAUCUACAGAAUGCAGGUCAUCAGCUAUUUUUCCCAGUGGCGCUUUGCGAAGGAGGUGGAUUACCUGGUCUGUGCACAUGUGAACAUAAUUUUCUGCCACAGCGUGGGUGUGGAGAUCCUGUCUUCCUUGUUUGGCACACUGCAUCAACAGUUCUUUGGAUUACCAAGGGAGUUGUUGGCCUACGAAAGGCAGCCUCGCUCACAGGCCUACAUUUCUAAGGACGAGGGAGACUUUUACUACUCUGGGGCUUUCUUUGGAGGAAAGGUACUAGAGGUUUACAGGCUCACCAAGUUUUGUUAUCAGGCGAUGACAAUGGACCAAGCCGAUCACAUCCAGGUCUUGCAGCAUGAUGAAAGCUACUUGAACAAGUAUCUCCUUUACAACAAGCCCACCAAGGUCCUCUCUCCUGAGUACAUGUGGGAUAAGGAACUUCUGAAGAGACAGAGUUUUCAAGAAAUUUUGCCAAAUGGGGAAAUACUUGUAAGAGUCAGCAAAUAUCCCAGGAGUGACGCUACCCAAGACUUCCUGAGAGAUCCCAAACAGGGGUACCACGAGGAUAACAAGCUCGAAAAACUUCUAUGUUGAGUCUGUUUGAAACUAAACUGUUGAUGGAGAUGAAUCUUUGCAACUGAUGCUUCUUCCUGUUAUGUUGUGUUUUUAAAACUAUAACUAAAACCCAGUCUUUAUUACACAGACUCUAAUAAAGCAGCCAUAGCUCAGCCCUUGG